CCUAGAGGAUCAAAUAAUUGAGGCCAACCCUGCUAUGGAGGCCUUCGGUAAUGCCAAGACUGUGAGGAAUGACAACUCCUCCCGCUUUGGCAAGUUUAUAAGGAUCCAUUUUGGACACACAGGAAAACUAGCCUCUGCUGACAUUGAUAUUUAUCUUCUGGAAAAAUCCAGAGUGAUAUUUCAGCAGCCUAGAGAAAGAAGUUACCACAUCUACUACCAGAUCAUGUCUCAGAAGAAGCCAGAGCUCCUAGACAUGCUUCUGGUCUCCUCCAACCCUUUCGACUACCAUUUCUGCUCCCAAGGAGUGGUCACGGUAGAGAGCAUGGAUGAUGGACAGGAGCUCCUGGCCACAGACCAUGCCAUGGACAUCUUGGGUUUCAGUCUGGAUGAGAAGUACGGCUGCUACAAGAUCGUGGGGGCAAUCAUGCACUUUGGCAACAUGAAGUUCAAGCUGAGGCAGAGGGAGGAGCAAGCUGAGGCCGACGGCACUGAAAGCGCUGAUAAGGCCUCCUACCUGAUGGGUGUGAGCUCCGCUGACCUCAUUAAGGGUCUGCUCCACCCCAGAGUCAAAGUGGGGAAUGAGAAUGUGGUGAAGGGACAAAAUGUGGAACAGGUUAACUAUGCAGUGGGAGCCUUGGCCAAAGCUACGUACGACCGCAUGUUUAAAUGGCUGGUGGGGCGCAUCAACAAGACCCUCUACACUGUCCUGCCUCGCCAGUUCUUCAUCGGCGUCCUCGACAUCGCAGGCUUCGAAAUCUUUGAACUGAACAGCUUUGAACAGCUGUGCAUCAACUUCACCAAUGAGAAACUGCAACAGUUUUUCAACCACCACAUGUUCAUCCUGGAGCAGGAAGAGUACAAGAGAGAGGGGAUCGAUUGGACUUUCAUCGAUUUUGGACUGGAUCUCCAAGCCUGCAUUGACCUCAUCGAAAAGCCCCUGGGAAUCCUUUCCAUCCUCGAAGAGGAAUGCAUGUUCCCAAAGGCCACGGACAGCAGCUUCAAAGCCAAGCUGUACGACAACCACGUUGGCAAAUCGCCCAACUUCCAGAAGCCGCGGCCGGAUAAGAAGCGCAAAUUCGAAGCCCAGUUUGAGAUAAUGCACUACGCCGGAGUGGUGCCUUAUAACAUAGCGGGUUGGCUGGACAAAAACAAGGACCCACUGAAUGAAACAGUGGUGGCCUGCUUUCAGAAGUCUUCCAACAAGCUGCUGGCUGCUCUGUAUGAGAGCUACAUCAGCUCGGACACAGCCUCUGAUCCCAAACCUGGCGCCAAAGAGAAGAGGAAGAAGGCAGCCUCCUUCCAGACGGUCUCUCAGCUCCAUAAGGAAAAUCUGAAUAAGCUGAUGACCAACCUGCGUUGCACUCAGCCCCACUUUGUGCGCUGCAUCAUCCCCAACGAGAGCAAGACUCCAGGAAUCAUGGAUGCGUUCCUGGUCCUGCACCAGCUGCGCUGUAACGGUGUGCUGGAGGGGAUCCGUAUCUGCAGGAAAGGCUUCCCCAACCGCAUCCUCUACGCCGACUUCAAGCAGAGGUAUCGUAUCCUGAACCCGCAGGCCAUCCCAGAUGACACGUUUGUGGACAGCAGGAAAGCUGCAGAGAAGCUGCUGGGCUCUCUCGACAUUGACCACAACCAGUAUCGCUUUGGUCACACCAAGGUGUUCUUCAAGUCGGGGCUGUUGGGCCAGCUGGAGGAGAUGAGAGACGAGCGCCUGGCCAAGAUCCUCACGCUGCUGCAGGCCGUCAGCCGCGGCAAGAUCAUGAGGAUGGAGCUGAGGAGGAUGAUGGAGAGGAAGGAGGCUCUGAUGAUCAUCCAGUGGAACAUCCGGGCCUUCAACACAGUGAAACACUGGCCGUGGAUGAAGCUCUUCUUCAAGAUCAAGCCUCUGCUGAAGAGCGCCACUGCAGAGAAGGAGCUGAGUGGCCUCAAGGAGGAGUACCUCAAGCUGAAGGAGGCGUUGGAGAAGUCAGAGGCCAAGCGCAAGGAACUGGAGGAGAAGCAGGUCAACUUGACCCAAGAGAAGAAUGACCUUGCUCUCCAACUGCAAGCUGAGCAAGAUAAUCUUGCAGAUGCUGAGGACCGAUGUGACCUGCUCAUCAAGACUAAGAUCCAGCUGGAGGCCAAGAUGAAGGAGCUGACCGAGCGGCUGGAGGACGAGGAGGAGGUGAACGCCAACGUGACCUCCAAGAAGCGCAAGCUGGAGGACGAGUGUGCUGAGCUCAAGAAGGACAUCGAUGACCUGGAGAUCACUCUGGCCAAGCUGGAGAAGGAGAAGUACGCCACGGAGAACAAGGUGAAGAACCUGAUCGAGGAGAUGGCGGCUCUGGAUGAGACCAUCCUGAAGCUGACCAAGGAGAAGAAGGCCCUGCAGGAGGCUCACCAGCAGACACUGGAUGACCUUCAGGUCGAGGAGGACAAGGUCAACAAUCUGACUAAGGCCAAGAUCAAGCUGGAGCAGCAUGUGGAUGAUUUGGAAGGGUCUUUGGAGCAGGAGAAGAAGUUGCGUAUGGACCUGGAACGGGUGAAACGCAAGUUAGAGGGUGACCUGAAGCUGUCUGUAGAGACUGUCAUGGAUCUGGAGAAUGACAAGCAGCAAAUGGAGGAGAAUCUAAAGAAGAAAGACUUAGAGCUGAGCCAGAUCAGUACCAGAAUUGAAGAUGAGCAGGCUCUGGUCAUCCAACUUCAGAAGAGGAUUAAGGAGUUACAGGCUCGCAUCGAGGAACUCGAGGAGGAGCUGGAGGCUGAGCGAGCGUCUCGGGCCAAGUCGGAGAAGCAGCGCGGCGAGACGUCCCGCGAGCUCGAGGAGCUCGGCGAGCGCCUGGAAGAGGCUGGCGGCAUCACCACGGCCCAGAUCGCGAUGAACAAGAAGCGCGAGGCGGACGUCCUGAAGCUGCGGCGGGACCUGGAGGAAGCCAUGGUGCACCACGAGACCACCACGGCAGCCCUGCGCAAGAAGCACGCCGACUCCGUGGCCGAACUCGGCGAUCAGAUUGACAGCCUGCAGCGCCUCAAGCAGAAGCUGGAGAAGGAUCGUGUCGAGGCCAAGAUGGAGGCUGAUGACCUGGCCUCCAACCUUGAACAGGUCGCAAAAACUAAGGCCAAUGCAGAGAAGACAUGUCGGCUCUAUGAGGACCAGAUGAAUGAGUCCAAGGCCAAAGUGGAUGAGCUCCAGAGGCAGCUCAAUGACAGCAACACCCAGAGGGCUCGUGCCCAGGCUGAGAGUGCUGAGCUGGGCAGGAAGCUUGAGGAGAGAGAGGCUCUGAUCUCACAGCUGCAACGCGCCAAAACCUCCUUCAGUCAGAAUGCUGAGGAGUUCAAGAAACAGCUGGAUGAAGAAAACAAGGCUAAGAAUGCCUUGGCUCAUGCACUCCAGUCUGCGCGCCAUGACAACGACUUGCUGCGAGAGCAGUACGAGGAGGAGCAGGAGGCCAAGUCUGAGCUGCAGAGGGCGCUAUCCAAGGCCAAUGCUGAGGUUGCCCACUGGAGAACCAAAUAUGAGACCGAUGCCAUCCAAAAAAACGAGGAGCUUGAAGAGGCCAAGAAGAAGCUUGUGACUCGUCUGCAGGAGGCCGAGGAGAGCGUGGAGGUGUCCAGCGCCAAGUGCUCGUCCCUGGAGAAGACCAAGCACCGACUGCAGACAGAGAUGGAGGACCUAAUGGUGGACCUGGAGCGCGCCAACGCUGUUGCGGCUGCCCUGGACAAGAAGCAGCGCAACUUCGACAAGGUGCUGGUCGAGUGGCGUCAGAAAUGCGAGGAGUGCCAGGCGGAGCUGGAGGCUUCGCAGAAGGAGGCGCGUAGCCUGAGCACCGAGCUCUUCAAGCUCAAGAACUCCUAUGAAGAGGCGCUCGACCAUCUGGAGACUGUCAAACGGGAGAAUAAGAACCUCCAGGAGGAGAUCUCCGAUCUGUCAGACCAGAUCAGCCAGGGAGGCAAGACCAUCCAGGAGCUGGAGAAGAUCAAGAAAGCCCUGGACCAGGAGAAAAGUGAGAUUCAGGCUUCCCUGGAGGAGGCUGAGGCAACUCUGGAACAUGAGGAGAGUAAAACCCUCCGCAUCCAAUUGGAGCUCAACCAAGUUAAAGCAGACGUUGACAGGAAACUAGCUGAGAAGGAUGAGGAAAUUGACAACCUUCGUCGCAAUCACCAGCGUGCUAUGGACUCCAUGCAAGCCACCCUGGACUCAGAGACCAAGUCUCGCAACGAGGCAGUUCGGCUGAAGAAGAAGAUGGAGUGCGACCUGAAUGAGAUGGAGGUGCAGCUGAACCAUGCCAACCGCUCAGCCGCGGAGUCCCAGAGGACCGCUCGCAACCUGCAGGCCCAGAUCAAGGAUGUGCAGAUGGAGCUGGAUGAGACCAUUCACCGCAACGAGGAGCUGAAGGAGCAGACGGCGGUGACGGAGCGCCGGAACAACCUGCUGGUGGCCGAGGUGGAGGAGCUCCGCACGCAGCUUGAGCAGAACGACCGCGCCCGCAAGCUGGCUGAGCACGAGCUGGUGGAGACCGCCGAGAGGGUCAACCUGCUGCACUCACAGAACAUGUCCCUGCUGAACCAGAAGAAGAAGCUGGAGUCUGACCUGUCUGUGCUGUCUGGAGAGGUGGACGACGUCCAGCAGGAGUGUCGUAACGCAGAGGAGAAGGCCAAGAAGGCCAUCACUGAUGCGGCCAUGAUGGCUGAGGAGCUGAAGAAGGAGCAAGACACUAGCGCUCACCUGGAGCGAAUGAAGAAGAACAUGGAGCAGAACGUCAAGGACCUGCAGAUGCGUCUGGAUGAGGCUGAGCAGAUCGCCCUCAAAGGGGGCAAAAAGCAGAUCCAGAAGCUUGAGAGCCGGGUCAAAGACCUGGAGACCGAGCUGGAGCUGGAGCAGAGGAAAAGUAAUGAGUUCCAGAAGGGAUACCGCAAGUAUGAGAGGAGGAUCAAGGAGCUCACUUACCAAACGGAGGAGGACCGCAAGAAUCAGGCUCGUAUGCAGGAGCUCAUAGACAAGCUACAGGCCAAAGUCAAGACCUACAAGAGACAGGUCGAGGAGGCGGAAGAGCAGGCCAACUCCAACCUGACCAAGUUCAGGAAGAUCCAGCAUGAGCUGGAUGAUGCAGAGGAGAGAGCAGACAUGGCUGAGUCGCAGGCCAACAAGCUACGCAUUCGCACCCGUGACCAAGGGGGCAAGGCAAGUUUUUUUCCUGCUGCUUUUUUUAUAGAAAGCAGUUAA